AGUGUAAACAGACUCAAAAUCCUGUUUCAUUGACCGGAUAUUUAAGUUAUAUUUCUCCCUCGAAAGCGCGUUUUACAUGUCAAAGCUAUGCAAACGUGGAGUCUCGUUUCCAUUUGUGUUUUACUCGGGGUUGUGGUAAGAUGGGGAGUUUCGUUAUCGUCCUAUUCAGGGGCAGGGAAACAUCCCAUGUUUGGCGACUACGAAGCUCAAAGGCACUGGCAGGAAGUCACCUACAACCUCCCUGUUCAGGAAUGGUACUUCAACACCACUGACAAUGACUUGAACUACUGGGGUCUUGACUAUCCUCCUCUGACCGCCUACCACAGCCUGAUCUGUGCUCAUAUAGCCAAAUUAAUAAACCCAGAAUGGGUGGAGCUCCACAAAUCCAGAGGUUAUGAAAGCCCAGAGCACAAGUUAUUCAUGAGAGCUACAGUCCUAGUGGCAGAUUUAUUGAUAUACAUCCCUGCUGCGGUUUUAUAUUGUUUCUGCCUGACUGAUGGAUCCUCUAAGAAAAAGGUUUGUACUCUGCUAUGCUUCCUGCUCUAUCCAGGGCUAAUUCUCAUUGACUACGGACAUUUCCAGUACAAUGCAGUGAGCCUGGGUUUUGCCCUGUGGGGGGUUCUGGCUCUUGGUCUGGGCUGGGACGUGCUGGGCUCCGUGGCUUUCUGUCUGGCUCUCAACUACAAACAGAUGGAGCUGUACCAUGCGCUGCCUUUCUUCUUCUACUUACUGGGAAAGUGUAUCAAACAGGGCCUGAUGGGACGAGGGCUGUUCCAGUUGGUGAAAAUUGCUGCAACAGUGUUGGUGACUUUUGCCCUCUGCUGGCUGCCCUUCCUGUCUGACCCCAGCCAGGCUUUGCAGGUGGUCAGGAGGAUCUUUCCCGUGGCUCGUGGUCUGUUUGAGGAUAAGGUGGCCAAUACAUGGUGCAGCUUGAACAUCCUGAUAAAGAUCAGAUCCAUUCUGUCCAGAGACUCCCAGCUCUACCUCAGUUUUGCUUGCACUUUCCUGUCAGCCCUACCCUCCUGCCUCAGACUUCUGACGAAGCCCACCUUCUGGCAGUUUAAACUGGCUUUGGUCAAUUCAUCUCUGGCAUUUUUCCUCUUCUCCUUUCAAGUCCAUGAGAAGUCCAUCCUUUUGGCUUCUUUGCCCGUCUGCCUGCUGCUGAGCGACCUCCCCCUGAUCGCCAUUUGGGUCCUGCAGGCCUCUACGUUCAGCAUGCUGCCUCUGUUUCUGAAGGACGGUCUGCUCGUGCCCUACAUCGUGACCUCGCUGGCCUUUCUCUACUUCGGACCUUAUCUGCUGUCGGCUCUGGAGCACAGUUCAGAAGAAGAGCUCAGACUGGGAGCCUACCACAAGCUGCUUUUCUUCCUACCCAAAAUGGACCUGGCCUCCUUAGUGAGACGGAAGUUCUACGUCUGCAUCGCAGUCAUGGCCUGUUUGAGCGUUGUGAGCGCAGCACUCGUCCCUCCACCACAUCUGCCUGACUUGUUUCCCGUGCUGGUGUCUGCCUUCGCUUUCAUGCACUUCUUUGGAUCAUUUGUAUAUUUCAACAUCAUCCAGUUCAGCGUGCCUCCGAGCAGAAAGAGCCAGAAGAAGAGCAACUGAAUGGUGCCAAAUUUUGUGAUACACACUGCAAGAGGUUUCAAGCUCAUUUUGAGUUGGGAAAGCCAGUUUAGCACACAGGCAUGUCUGUCCUCAGUGUGUGUGGGAGCUUUCUAUAUGCCAUCACAGACCCAAUGCAGAUAGCACAAUUAGUGCACACAGUGUUGUCUGCUCAGAGGAGCUGUUACAUUAAAUUAAAAGGUAAUGAUAAUUGUCAAGUUUGGACCAAAUCAAUUCAGAAUAUUAAAAAAGAAA